UUCUAGGAAAGCGUUUCUGAGGGCCGAAACAGUUCCCAAUUGCAUUCCGAGAAUGCCCCUCUCUCUCGAAUGAAACCUCACCAGUCAUGCCAAAUCGCGAAUCCACGCCCGUCCUGCCCGCGCCGUGCAGGCGACUCGAUGCUUCUUGGCUUCCUCCGCUCCCACCAUGCCCACCAAGAAAACCUGGGUCGCCAGCACCGUUCGCGAGUCCUCCUCCAUGGCGGAGGGGGCCGAGGGAUUGAGCCUUGAGGAAUGGCAGGGAUGGGGCACCUCCUCCCCCGUCCCCGCCAUGGUGGUGGAGGUCAUCCGGGGCCUCAAGUCCUUGGAACAAGAGACCAACAGCCGCAUGAGCUUCGGCGGUCUUGGCGGGAAGCUCCAGGGCAGUUUCAAGGUUCAGGAGGAUAUAAAACAUAGAGCACUCUAUAACUCUCUUAGUGAUCCUGAAAAGAAGCUGCAAUUCUUUUCUGCUAGACAAGUAGCCUGUCGUUUGAUCGGAAGUAGAGGAUACCUUUGCCAGAAGUGCUGGCUUCCCAUGGAAGAUUGCAUGUGUUCUAAACUUGUUCCAUGUCCUUUGGGGUGUGGGAUAAAGUUUUGGAUCUAUAUGCAUCCAAAGGACUUUUUGCGCCAAAAUAACACUGGAAAGUUGUUGUGGCAAACAUUUGGAAUUCAAGCUGCAAAUCUGUGCCUUUUUGGCAUCCAUGAACAUGAAGAAAUCAUGUGGGACGCAUUCAGGCAUUCAGGAAAAAACAUGGUGUGGUUUCUCUAUCCCAAUAAGAGUUUAUCUCCCAAGUCAGUUGAGGAUAUCUUCUUUGAAGGGCCAUUUACAGGCCUCAAAGAUCAAAAAGAGGUUCUUAAGGAAAAGCCUUUAAACUUUGUUUUGAUUGAUGGUACCUGGAGCAAUUCAGCUGCAAUGUACAGACGUUUAAAGGACCGCUGGAUAUCAUUGUGGGACGACGAAGAUCUACCUUGCAUUUCUCUAUCAACCCUGGGUGCUUCUGCGAUGCACAAGCUACGGCCUCAACCAUCGUGGGAUCACACCUGUACAGCAGCAGCUGCUUCUGGUCUUCUUUCAGAACUGCACCAACGUCCUGAGCUCAGUGUGUGUGGAUUGGAUAGACAGGCUGAGGCGGUGGAGAAUGCCUUGGAUGUCUUGCUUGAUGCACUCAAAACUCGGCGACUCAGAAUGGGUAGGUCCAUCACGCGGAAAGAGAGGCACAACAAUUGCAUUUAAUCAAAUAGGCAAUAAACGUGUUUCCUGAGGCAUUUCACGCAACUGAGCUGAUCUUGUCCAUCAUUUUGUAAUUUGUACGUUUACGAAUUGUACCCAUCUUUUUGGGGUUGAGAUUCUAACCACCGUCCUUAGGGUAAGAAAUUAAAAUUUUGUUAGAACUCAGGAGGUAUUUGGUUGGGAGGAGUGAGGGUUUGAAAUCUGGAAUGUGUGACUUCUAUUCUAACCAUUUGAUUGAAAAAAAAUUUAUUCUGAUUUCGAUUUCAGAGUAGAAUGAGAAUGAUUUAAUCUA